AAAUAACCACUCGAUGUCUUCCCCAAUUCAAUCCACCAAAUCUCCCCAAAAGGUCUCGCCUUUCUCGCCCUCCGAUAGUCCCUCCACCAUGGCCUCCGCCGCCUCCCUCCUUCCUUCCUCGCCAUCGCUCCUCCGCCGCAGCGCGCUCCUCUCCCAUUGCCGCCGGCCCGCCGUGUCUCCUGUCCUAGCGCUCUCCGCCCCCGUCGCCCUCACCCAGGACGACCUCAAGAAGCUCGCAGCCGUCAAGGCCGUCGAGUACGUCAGCAGCGGCAUGGUCCUCGGCCUCGGGACCGGCUCCACCGCCGCCUUCGUGGUCGCCGAGAUCGGCGCCCUCCUCGCCAACGGGGAGCUCAGUGACAUCGUGGGAGUCCCCACGUCCACACGAACGUAUGAGCAGGCGCUGUCAUUGGGGAUCCCGCUCUCCACCCUCGAUGACCACCCCCGCAUCGAUCUCGCCAUCGACGGCGCAGAUGAGGUGGAUCCAGAUCUUAAUCUUGUAAAGGGGCGCGGUGGAGCUCUGCUUCGCGAGAAGAUGGUUGAGGCAGCAUCCGAUAAGUUUGUUGUCGUAGCUGACGAGACGAAGCUUGUAUCUGGAUUGGGUGGAAGCGGCCUCGCAAUGCCAGUGGAAGUGGUGCAGUUCUGCUGGAAGUAUAACCAGAUAAGGUUGCAGGAAUUAUUCAGCGAAGAACGAUGCCAGGCUAAGCUCAGGUUGGGCAGUGACGGGAAGCCCUACGUCACCGAUAAUUCAAACUACAUCAUUGAUUUAUACUUCAAGACGCCGAUUAAAGAUGCCGCUUCGGCAGGAAAGGAGAUCUCAGCAUUGGAAGGGGUUGUAGAACAUGGGUUGUUCUUGGACAUGGCAACUGCUGUUAUAAUUGCAGGCAAAGAUGGGGUGACUGUGAAGGCAAAGUAAGUUGAAAUGCUGAGACAGUUUCCUAAAAACAGAUCAUGUAAAAUUAAAUACAAGCCUGAGUCUUUAUCAAAUUAUUGAUAAACAUUGUAUGUUCCUUCAACUUUAUUGAAAUAAAGCUGUUUUAUGCCCUUUCUUCUUAAGAGAA